AUGGGAAUUAGAAACCAAACCAGUGUCUCUGACUUCCUGCUCCUGGGCUUCUCUGAACACCCAGAGCAGCAGCCCCUCCUGUUCGGGCUCUUCCUGGGCAUGUACCUGGUCACCCUGGUGGGGAACCUGCUCAUCAUCCUGGCCAUAGCUUCUGACCAGCACCUCCACACCCCCAUGUACUUCUUCCUGGCCAACCUAUCCUUCAUCGACACCUGCUUCUCCUGCUCCAUUGUCCCCAAGGUGCUGAUCAACAUCCAGACCCAGCACCACACCAUCUCCCACGCUGGGUGCCUCAUGCAGAUGUACUUCUUCAUGGCAUUGGCCCUGCUGGAUGACUUCCUGCUGGCUGUGAUGGCAUAUGACCGCUAUGUGGCCAUCUGUCUUCCUCUACACUAUACCACAAUCAUGUGUCCCCAACGCUGCCUGGGGCUGGUCGCUAUAUCCUGGCUCUGCUCCCACCUGCUGGCCUUCUCACUCACUCUCCUGAUGUCUCAGUUCUCUUUCUGUGCCUCCCAUUCCAUCCCACACUUCUUCUGUGAUCUUCUCCCACUCCUCAAACUGGCCUGUUCAGACACCCAUAUCUUUCAGAUCAUGAUGUUCACUGAAGCAGCCCUUGCGGGUGUGGUCCCUCUCACAUGUGUCCUGGUCUCUUAUGCCCACAUCAUCCACACUAUCUUCAGGGUGCCCACUGCUGGGGGGAAACACAGAGUCUUCUCUACCUGUGGCUCUCACCUUUCAGUGGUCACUCUCUUCUAUGGGACAGUCUUUCUAGUGUAUUUCCAGCCCUCGUCCUCCUACUCAGCAGACACUGGAAAGGUGGCGUCUGUGGUAUACACAAUGGUGACUCCCAUGCUGAACCCCUUUAUCUAUAGCCUGAGGAACAGGGACAUGAAGGGGGCAUUGUGGAGACUCUUGAGCUGGGGAAGAUGUUCCACCCCAUAA